UGUCUCUGUCCCCACAGACAGUACUACUGGUAUGACGAGCGGGGGAAGAAGGUCAAGUGCACGGCCCCGCAGUACGUUGACUUCGUCAUGAGCUCUGUGCAGAAGCUGGUGACGGAUGAGGACGUGUUCCCCACAAAAUACGGCAGAGAAUUCCCCAGCUCCUUUGAGUCCCUGGUGAGGAAGAUCUGCAGACACCUGUUCCACGUGCUGGCGCACAUCUACUGGGCCCACUUCAAGGAGACGCUGGCCCUGGAGCUGCACGGACACUUGAACACACUCUACGUCCACUUCAUCCUCUUUGCUCGGGAGUUCAACCUGCUGGACCCCAAAGAGACCGCCAUCAUGGACGACCUCACCGAGGUGCUAUGCAGCGGGGCCGGCGGGGUCCACAGUGGGGGCAGCGGGGAUGGGGCCGGCAGCGGGGGCCCGGGAGCACAGAACCACGUGAAGGAGAGAUGAGCCACCCGGGCUGGACAGGGGCGCACGUGUGCAAAAAGACGGUGGUGUGUGUCCUCUCCUGCAUCUGCGUGUGCACACAUGUGCUUGGCACACGUGUGGUGAGGUCUGAGAGGGCCCCGGGCUGCGCUGGUGUGGGCUGCACAGACGCAGACAGCCCCGGCCAUGUCCUGCGGCCCCCUGUUGGAUGGAUGCGUGCCGUUUGUAGAGAAGAGCCUUUGGGCCCGUUCGCUCGUUCAGCAGACACGCGUGGGACUGAAGCUUUGAGUUUUCUUCUGUGGGGUUUUCCUUUCUCUGGUCUCCGUGCAGCCCCUGCCCUCCCUCGGGUGCUGCUGGCCUCAAAGGAGGAACUUGGUGGGGGCGUCUCCCCCAGGAGGGUGUGAUUUGCAGACUUGGGUCUCUGCUCUGCUUUGGGGGUGGGGCUUGCUUUCACAGAGACCCCUCCUUCCCUCUCACCCCCUCCUCUCCUGGCCUUGCCAGGAGUCUUGGCUGUUGGCAGCUCAGAGGUGGGGGAGGCCUGUGGUGUGGGGUGCCCUGCACCUGCUCCUGUCGCCCCUUCCUGCUGCCUCCUCCAUGCCCAGGGAACGCCCAUGGUGCAGUCCUCAGGCAAGGCCAGGACGGGGCUGAGGCCCUGCGUGGAGAUGCUGCACCAGCAGAAGGCUGAGACCCGCUUACCUUAGUUCAUCUGUUCACUCGUAAUAAAAAGAAUUCUCUCAGGUCAGA